AUGUGGUUUUGGGGGGGAGCUUCGAGCGCUUUACCGCCGAAGGACUUGACGGAUAUUUCUACACAAGACUUUUACUCCGCAGAUCGGCUGUUGAAUCUGCUGGAUUCACUGCCGUCGCUUGACUCCAUCGAUGAAAGAAACCGGGAUACCACUAUCGAGACUCUGCGUCAGGUGGCGGAGGUGCUCGUGUGGGGAGAACAACACAAUCGGGGGUACUUCGACAUCUUCUGCGAGCAGAAUGUCUUAUCAUAUUUUGUUGGCUUGGCCGAGCAACAGACGGUACCCAGUGCCGUCAAGGUGCAGCUCCUUCAGAGUCUAAGCAUCAUCGUGCAAAGCAUUAACAAGGAAACGGCAGUUUAUUACAUGUUCAGCAACAACUACAUUAAUUCUCUGCUGAGCACGAGAUUCGACUUCGACGAUGAAGAAGUCGUGAGUUGGUACGUGUCGUUCAUCAAAAGCCUUUCGCUCCUCGUCAAUCCCGCUACAAUCAAGCUCUUCUUGAAUGAGAGGGCAAAACACUUCCCCAUCUACAGUGAAUCGGUCAAGUUCUUCUUAGCAAAGGAUUCUAUGGACCCUGGGUUGCGCGCGUUUGUUGCUGAACGGCCUAUUUUUUUUUCACACGUUGCCUGCUACUUGCGAGAGCUGUUGGAUGAUCAGUGUUCGCGCCUUGCAGCCAACCGUGGUCCCUCUUUAGAUCGCAGCACCCAAGAUGGAGCGCUAGAAGUGGAAGAGAUGCUUUUUUAUGUUCAAGAUAUUUUCAGCCUUGGCGCUGAGGAGUUUUCAAAUCUCCUUGCAGAGCGCCUGCUUGUGCACUGCUACCUUCCACUGAUAGGUAUGCUAAGGUCGCAUGAUGACGCCGAAAAUGAAGGGAAGAAGUGGAGUCUCGAUGAAGCAGGGACAGGCGCAAGUGAAACGCCUGAUGAAGGCGUAGAAUUUUCUGGCAGCAGUGACGAACCUUCGCGUAUUGGUUCCCCAGUGCAAACAACCGAUGACGACAGUUCAGUGCAUUGCGACAAACGCCUGGAGCAGGGGUGGAUGUGGGGAUGGACCACUCCCGAUAAUUUAAAGGACACAGGUAAUCUCAGUGGCUCACCGUACCAUUCGGGAGCCAAAGGGCAGAAUUCUUCACCCAGGCGAACCGUCGAUAUCAGUAAAUCGUGGAGGGCUCGGGCGGCAGAGGCAAUGUCUAGAAGGUUAGGGGAAACAACACUGCAAGGCAAAGUGGAUAGCAUGCCAGCUAUGACAGACGGAAGCAGUAGAGCAACUCCCUCUCAAGCUGUCGGCGAGGAGUCACAUCUGCUGAAUCUGUCAGGGAGCAACGCUAACCGUAACUUGGUGCAGCGCCUCAUUUUGUUCUUUCUGAUCCAGACAUUCAAUUGCAUUCAGAGUGAAAAGCUGCUUCGCCCACUUGUAGCCUGCCUGCUCCUUCGAUGGGUGCCAAAGCCGCUGUACGUCCUGCUAAUGGCCAAGGCACCACCUACUUCGGAGGCCUACAACAAUUUGCGAAAUCCCACUCAGUGUGCUGGUCACAUUGAUUGUUUCCUCCCAACUCAAGAACAGUCCAUUAGCGAUGAUGCUAAAGGAGAAAGGUCUAAGAUUGAAGUGCAGGGUGAGGACACAAACCUAUUUACUUCAAGCAGCCAGGCAACCAGCGAGGCAUCCUCACCAGCCUCGCGUGACAGCGGUGUGGAGUUGUGUACGCUUUCGCUUGGAGAUCGGCUUAAACUUCUGAAGAGCUCAAUGCACGCUUUGGAUGAGCUUGACCGGACUGAAGGAUUAAGCAACGAGGAAGAAUUGUGUCAUCAGAACGAGGAUCGCCAACAUUGUGGUGUCAGCCACGUUGUGGAAUCUGUCAGUACGGCGAAGGAUGAACCCCGCAGCAGGUGGUGUUCCAAUCUUAUUCAACAGCAUUUGCUGACACUGCUCGACGGUUGCGAGUUCGCAAAGAAGCAGUGCGAUGUUUGCUUUCUAGUGCUUGGUAUUUUACUGCAAUGCAUUACGCGCAGUCCAUGUACUACAGCGGGGAUACUCAUGCAUGCAUCCAUGAUACCAAGGAUGGGGGCUAACGAGCUAUCGCGCACACAGAAGUCGCGUACGCGGUCGAAUAGUGAACCAGAACCAUCAACGCCUGAUCUUCUCUUGAAAGAGAAUGAUAAUAACCACCAAAAUCAACCAUUGACAAGUCCUACCUCGCUUGAUAAUAGUAACCUUCAAAGUAAGGAUGCCCUUCGGGACGAGGAGAAAGGUUCGCAUGGGGAAAGUGAACGCAUAGAUGUCGGCAAAAUGAGCUGGCAUUUCACGGCACAGAUGCUUGAUGCCAUUCAUGCUCAUCUAGCAAACCCCCUAUUGCGCCCAAUCACACUCAGAGUUGUUCUUUCAGUACUUACCACUCUUAUAACAGAGCACAUUCUGAAGGUUCAGAACGUGGAGUACAAAACCAGGUGCUUGGAGAUGCUCGUCGACCGAGCGCUGAAGUUGAGGCAUGCAGCAGCCGUGGCUACAAAACUCUGUCUCUCUGCUCUGUCGGACGGUCACACGAUCGACGUUUUCUGGGACGAAUGGGAGGUACAUCGGGUGGGGUUCCUGACGGACUCUUUUUUCUCACGCGACUUCCGUAUUCUUAUGUCUCCCCAAAGUUCACAAGCAGGGACUAAUACAUUCCCUCCCUAUCUGCUAGUGGCUAUGACAGAUCAAGAGAUUGAACGGCGGUCUAUUCAGGUCUUCCUCGUUUUGAGACGCCUGCAUCGAGACCUAUCUACGAUUUUGAAUUCUAUCAGGACAAGGCCCCAUGAUGCCGAUGCCGUGGCGUGUGAAGCUUCGUCGAUUCUCUAUGGCAUGUCUUCUGAGCCAAACCCUUUUGAAAGUGAAGAUAACGGAGACCAGGUUCUUCAGGUUGAGGACUCCAAGAUGUUGACACCGAUGUCUACAUCUAGUCAGUUUUCACAGUAA